AUGCUUUUCAAGUCCACUAGAAAGACUACCAGCGCGCCUGACAGGCCUGCAAGAGACAGGAACGUUCCCGACGAUCUCCCGUGUCGAUUUGCUUCUGUCCACGUUGGCAGGGAAAUCGAGGAAGCGCCCAUUAAUCUCAAGGCUCUCCCAAACGAGAUACUACAUCCCAUCUUCAAAUUGAGGACAUACUCCCUUGUCCAUCCCGAGUUACUAUCGCAUGUCCCUAUCCGCCUCCAAACGGAAGCCCAGGCGCGGGCAUUCCUGCACUACCUCACAUCGACGAACAAUUCGGAGCAGCCUCCGGCGUCGAGGCAACGACGCUACAACCCAUACGACACUCCACCAGAGGAAGAGUACAUGAAUAUCCAGCAUGACAUCCUGCGGCUAACGACCAACCUGGAAACACUCGCCUGCACAGGCCACAACUUUCUAUUCCUAUGCGAAUGGAAAAAGGCGAUAGAAGAAGGGUGGUACUCCAACCUCAGAGAAUUGACACUCUUGGAUCAGAAUAUCUAUUUCCCUCCGCAGAGCUGGCCGUUCACCAAACAAAUCACCCACCUAGCCCUCCUAGACCCCGGGAUAAUUACCACCAUGGGCUCACUGGACGAGCCCUUUCCAUCCCUUCAAGGACUGGCCUUUGAGUUCUUCUCACCCAACUCUAGGCCCGCUACCACGUGCUUGCCCGGUGAGAUCCCCCAUCGGCUCGAAACGCUCUACCACGCCAAGUGCGUGUGGCUUUCGAAAAUCUGCGAGAAAUUCACAAUCAUGACGGUUCCGGAGAAAUACGCACACCAGUGCCACCACGACAUGAUCCUCAGCGACGGUCGAACUUGCGUUGUUCGAGCGGGAAGGCCGGAGUACUUCAAAUGGUGGGCUGAAAGGACGAGGGGAUGCGAUGGAAUUUUCGAGUCUCCUUAG